CUCAAUGAAAACGCACCGCUCAAACUCGGAGGGUGUCAUUAGAGUCACGUGCGCACCCUAAACCGGCAACUUUACACAGUUUCCAAACCCCCGAACGAGACGCAGGUUUAACAACCCCAGACCGCUGAAAUGAUUAUCGAGAUCGUAAUCCCUCGACAUCUCGAUCGAUGACUGGAUCGGCAAAAUGGUGGACCGGAAGAAGGGACUGAUCGCGAUGCUGAUAACACUGCUUAUAUACCCGAAGGAUAAUUUCGGAGGCGCAUUUCAACCCGAAUUCUUGAAGCCGAUCACAAAUGUCACCGUUCCGAUCGGCAGGGAUGCCACCUUUACGUGUCACGUUGGUUAUCUGGGUGGAUAUAGGGUGGGCUGGGUGAAGGCGGACACGAAAGCGAUUCAGGCCAUUCACGACCACGUGAUAACGCAUAAUCCACGCAUAUCCGUGUCGCACGGCGAUCAUUCAACGUGGAGCUUGCAUAUAAAGGGUGUACAAAUGGAGGACGCGGGUCUCUACAUGUGUCAAGUCAAUACGGACCCGAUGAAAAGCCAGACAGGCCGUUUGAACAUCGUUGUUCCGCCGGAUUUCGUCCCGGAGGAAACUUCGGGUGACGUCAUGGUCGGAGAGGGUGGCCAGGUGAAGCUGACUUGCAGAGCGCGAGGAACACCGGCGCCCAGGGUAAUAUGGCGACGGGAGGACGGCCGGGAUAUAAUCCUUCGGGAACCAACUCCCGGCGGUAUACCGAUUCAAAAGACGCGCAAUAUGCCAGUGAGUCAAUACGAGGGUGAGAUUUUGAAGCUUUCAAAAGUUUCGAGGGCCGAGAUGGGCGCCUAUCUCUGCAUCGCGAGUAACGGCGUUCCUCCGACCGUCAGCAAAAGGGUCAUCAUAAACGUUCAUUUUCCCCCCGUGAUACACGUGCCGAAUCAACUGGUUGGCGCUCCACUCGGAACCGACGUUGUACUCGAGUGUUUCGUCGAGGCCUCGCCAAAGUCCAUCAAUUACUGGAUCAAGGACAACGGGGCGAUGAUAAUAUCGAGCAAUCGUCACGACGUGCAGACGGUAGCAAAAUCGGCAUUCGAGAUCAGGAUGACUCUGACUGUGCGGAGUUUCCACCACCAAGACGUUGGAUCUUACAGAUGCGUGGCUAAGAACUCGUUGGGAGAGGUGGAGAGCAGCAUCCGGUUGUACGAGAUUCCGGGACCGACGAGAACGCAAACGGCUUCCUGGCCUAGCGGUUUCCUCGACGAGGAUGAAGAAGCAGGCGUCGACGUCUACGGUUCGGACGAAUUCGAAAAAUCUGACGGCAAGCAGUUGCAGCCGAUCGACAACACGGUUUACGGCCAGGCGGCUAAUCCCACAGUUUUUUCAACCCCGUCGACGAGCGUAAAGGUCGCAAAAAAACGGCCAACCUUCAUCGUCGGCUCUUCGUCGACCGUCAAUCGCGAGACCUACGUUCUCAUGACGGCGACCCUUCUCGUUCACGUGUCUACCGCUAAUUUUCAGUGGCGUUGACGCGUACGCGAGGGAGGGAAAAGGAGAACGCAGAGAAAAAAAAAAGAGAGAAACAAUCCAAGAUGAGAAAUAUAUAUAUAUAUAUAUAUGUAUGUAUAAAUAAACAACAGCCUUGGAUUAUGGUGGAGAAAAAGUGAGAGAUAACACAAUAAUAUGUAUAAUCUGUAAAGUUUCGUCUGUUAAUUAUUAAUUAUAAUGAUAACAAUAACAAUAACAAUAACAAUAAUAACAAUAAUAAUGACGAUAUCAUUGAUAAUUGUGAUUCACGAUUAUUCUCAUAUACAAUUUAUCAUCGAUCUCUUCGUUUGUCAUCGAAUCUGGGGAAAUUGUUAUUGCAGCUUGAGCAGUUUCUUCGAAUUAAAAUUUAUCCGAAGUUUUAGAUUUUUUAAUAACCACGCACGUG